AUGGCUGAGGAGUUAGAAAGGCUAUGCCAAAAUCUUGUGCUAAGGGAUGAUGAGCAGGAGGUGCUGUUAUUGCCCGAUGACAAUGACGGUGGCUCCAAUUUUGACGGCGAUCUGUGCAUUCUCAGAAAGCUGUUCAGUCGGAAGUCCUUCAACGCAGAGGCUAUGAUGGCUACCAUGAAGAAAUCUUGGAACCCGGCUAAAGGCCUCGAGUACUCGGCAGUUGGGGAUAACCUUUUCCUCUUCAAAUUUAACGACAUUGUAGACAAAAGGAAGGUUAUGGCAGGAUGUCCUUGGGCUUUUGAUGGAAGUUUGCUAGUUGUCAGUGAUUAUGUUGGUAACAUUCAGCCGUCCAAGGUGAAAUUGGAUCACUGCUCUUUCUGGGUUCAAGUAUACAACCUCCCUUUGGGAUGGAUGAACGGAAGAACGGCGGACUUUAUAGGGAGCAAACUUGGCACGUACGAGGGAUUUGAUGCAAAGGGUGGUCUCUCUGUGGGUAAGUUUUUGCGCAUUCGGGUUAAGCUAAACCUCAAUAACCCUCUCAAACGGCUGAUGAAGCUUCUAAUUGAGGGUGCGGUAUGUGAGGUUCACUUUCGCUAUGAGCGCCUUCCUACGCAUUGCAAUUUUUGUGGUCGUAUUGGACAUGGAGAAAGGGAUUGCGAGGACAAACUAGAUGUUGCUAAGGCCUCAGAUUCUCCAAGUUUGGUUGGCAGUCCUGAUCCUACCCAAAGACCAGACGUCCAAAUUCCCAGCACCUUGGUAGCAACCCAGCGCAGACCUCUCUCUCUGGAUAACGAUCAACCAAUCCUUUCAACGGCAUUGGUCACUGAUAGUUCCCCAACAGCACAGGUGCAUAUGACUGAUUCCUCCUGGCGUUUGACUGGUUUCUAUGGUCAUCCAGAGGCGACUAAAAGAAAACAUACUUGGGAUAUUAUGCGCAAACUCAGUACAUUAUGCUGCCUACCAUGGGUCUGCAUGGGUGACUUCAACGAGGUACUCACUCAAGAGGAAUUUCAGGGCGCUACAUGGAGACCGAAAUGGCAAAUUAUGAACUUUCGGAAGGCACUUUCGGACUGUAAUUUGUUUGACUUAGGCCAUGAAGGUAAUCGCUUCACUUGGUGUCGGAAUAGGUCGGCUCCUGACACAACUAGAGCUCGUCUGGACCGCGCAUGCGUCUCCCAUGACUUUCUCACCUUGUUUCCUGAUGCCAGGAUCUAUCACUCACAUGCUCUUUUUUCCGAUCAUGUCCCUAUUGUCUUAAGAUUAUCGUGCUUGCAUGACCUCUUUAAAGCUCGCAGCAAAUCUAGGAGGGACAAACGCUUCAUGUUUGAAGCAAUGUGGAUCAGAUCCGAAGACUGCGAACGCAUUAUCCAAAAUUCCUGGAAGUAUAGCUCGACAGAAGAUGCUUGUGUCAACUUGGUUAUGAAGACAAAUAGUUGUAGGUUAGGCCUUCUCCAAUGGAGCAAACAGUUCUUCGGCAACCAUACUAAGGUUGCGGAUGAACUUCGGCAAAGGAUUUCUCGCCUCCAACAAGGCGUUUUGACGGACUCUAUCAAAGCUGAGAUUGGUUCUUUAACUACCCAGCUAGAGGAGCUUCUGGACAAGCAAGACAUCAUGUGGAAACAACGAAGGAAAGUGCAGUGGUAUAGAGAGCGUGAUCGAAACACAGCUUACUUCCAUGGCCUGGCUUCCCAGAGACGAAAGCAUAAUCAGAUUGUUGGCCUUUUCGAUAACAAUGGUUCUUGGUGUCAGUCACAGGAGGAUCUAGAAUCUAUUAUCAUGGAACAUUUUGGCACAAUCUUUUCUACUUCGCAGCCUACUUCUCUGGCAAUUGAUGCAGUCAUCCAGCGAGUGCGGGGAUGCGUUUCCAAGGAAAUGAAUGAUUGUCUCCUGCGUACCUAUACUGCCAUUGAGGUAACAAAGGCUUUGAGUCAAAUGCAUCCUUUUAAAUCUCCUGGACCGGAUGGCAUGUCACCAGUCUUCUACCAAAGAUAUUGGCAUAUUGUUGGUCGAGAUGUCACUCGUUGGGCUCUUACUGUCCUAAACGAGGGCACCUUACCUACGAGUCUUAAUCACACCUACGUUGUCCUUAUCCCUAAGUGUCACAGUCCAUCCAGUAUCACCCAAUUUCGUCCCAUUAGUCUUUGCAACGUAGUUUAUAAGCUAGCCUCUAAGAUCUUAGCUAAUAGGCUUAGGAACUGUCUUCCCAAAGUCAUCUCUCCUUGUCAAUCUGCAUUCAUCCCUGGGCGCUGUAUCACUGAUAAUAUCCUAAUUGCUUAUGAAAUCAAUCAUUCCCUUAAGCUGAAAUCCUAUGGGCAGGAGGGUUCGAUGUCCAUUAAGUUGGACAUGAGCAAAGCAUUUGAUAAGGUCGAGUGGCCUUUUCUUCGACAUAUGAUGAUAGCUUUAGGUUUCCAUUCCACUUUUGUGGACAUUGUUUUUCGCUGCAUUUCUAAUGUGUCUUACACUUUCCUACAUAAUGGGUCCCAACUUGGGAACCUACAACCCCACCGUGGUAUCAGACAGGGGGAUCCAUUAUCACCCUACUUGUUCUUGAUCUGUGCCGAAGGCUUUUCUUGUUUGUUGCAGGAAGCUAAACGUUGCGGAAGCAUCUCAAGUUUUCGGAUCGGCUCACGCGGACCCAAACUAUCUCACCUAUUGUUUGCCGACGACACCUUAUUAUUCGGCAAGGCAUCGCUGCAGGAAGCUCAGCACAUAAAGACAAUCCUUGACCUUUACAAAGCAGCUUCAGGUCAGGAGGUUAACUUUGAUAAAUCAGCAGUGGUCUUCAGCAAAAACACAGACCCCGCAGUUCGUCGAAGUAUCACACAGCUUCUUAACAUCAAGGAAGUUCCCACUCACGACAAAUAUCUUGGCCUUCCUACUGUUGUUGGUGGCUCCAAGUCUGAAGUUUUUUCAUCUGUAAAGGAGAGAAUCUGGAAGAAGAUACAUGGAUGGAAUGAACAGCGCCUCUCAACGGCAGGUAAGGAAAUCAUGAUCAAGGCUGUUGUCCAGACCAUUCCAACAUACUCAAUGUCCUGUUUCAAGUACCCGGACUCCUUGAUUUCCGAUAUUCAAUCUACGAUCAGUAACUUUUGGUGGGGUGAUGGCACAAAGCAGAGACCAAUCCACUGGGUGAGUUGGGAUAGAAUGUGCUCGUCCAAAAAUGAUGGGGGCAUGGGCUUCAGACAACUUAAGGCUUUCAAUUUAGCUUUAUUGGCUAAACAGGCAUGGCGUAUUGCAACUCAACCAUCUACUCUGCUUCAUCAGGUUUUUAAGGCUAAAUAUUUCCCAACAAAGGACUUUUUUCAUGACGAGUCUGCUUCCAGGCCUUCUUUUACUUGGAGGGACUGUGCGCUGUUCGAAGAUAUUUACUCUCUGGUAGCAGAUGGCGAGUUGGAAAUGGGAACCAUAUUAGAAUCUGGAAAGAUAGGUGGAUUCCACGCCCUUCUACUUUCAAAAUUAUAUCCCGAUAAGAUUGAGCUGAUUAUGGGUAUUCCAUUGGGUGAUAGUCGCAAUCAAGAUAAGCUCAUCUGGCACUAUUCUAAAAAUGGCUCAUUGACAGUAAAAAGUGCCUACCACCUUAUCAAAACACAAUCUACAUGCUGGCAAGAUGUAGCUUCAGGGAGUAAUGGCUCGGUGCAGGAUCUUUGGCCUCGCCUGUGGAGGCUCAACAUACCAAACAAAGUUAAGAUAUUCUUGUGGCGUAUCUGCAAGGGUAUUCUACCUACAUCUUCCGCACUGAAUAGCCGUGGAGUCUACCUUGACCCUAUGUGCCUUUUAUGUAAGGCCCCUGUCGAAGAUGUAAAUCACCUCUUCUUGUGCUGUCCGGUAGCAGUUCAGGCUUGGGCCCUCAGUUUUCUUACACUAAAGAUAAGGUUAGACUCCGCCAAGCAGGUCUCUUCUUGGUUGCCUGGCCUUCUGAAUCUCUUGAAGAAGCAGGACAUGGAAUUGGUAGCCAUAAUUCUUUGGAAUCUAUGGCUUAACCGAAAUGGUGCUUUAUUCGAUGGUUCAUAUCGGGAUCCGCUCAGUCUAGUCUCUCUCUCUAUCAAUUUCUUACGGAAGUACCGGGAAGCCAACACAUCUCCAAAUACUCCAAUUAGCACUUCCAUUGCUCCACUUCAUUGGACAAAGCCCCCUGUGGGCUUCCUAAAGGCGAACUUCGAUGGCGCAGUUUUCUCCGAAUAUGGCUACUCUGGUGUUGGAGUUGUUGUGAGGGACGAGCGGGGCAAUUUUGUUGCAGGAACUUCUCACAAAAUCUCUGGUAUCUUUUCCCCUGAGGUCAUCGAAGCCUAUGCUGCGAGAACUGCAAUUUCCUUGCUGCUUCAAUGGAAAGUGCCCAACAUUAUUUUGGAGGGAGACUCUUUGAAGAUCAUCAACAUGCUUAAGCUUAUGGAGUUUGAUGACUCCGCCUAUGGGGUGUUGUUAGAUGAUAUCUUUGUUAGGUUACAGAACUUCGCCGCUUGGGAGGCUAAUUGGGUCCCUAGGAAGGCCAAUGUGCCAGCACAUUUAUUAGCUAGAAAUGCUCGCUCUAUUUCAGAUAUCUGUAGUUGGAGUUAUUCUCCACCAUCUUUUCUUCUCUCUGCAAUUUCGGCGGACCUAUCCUCACCUUAA